AUGUUGGACGUGGUUCUCUACUACUUCUUGGCAGCCUGCCUCGGCUACUUUCUUCUGCGUCGACUGGUCCUGGAGCGCUUCGAAAUGCCGAUGCAAGGCAAGUACGUGUUCGUGACGGGAUGCGACAGCGGCUUCGGACGUCUUCUGGUGAUCAAGCUCGCCUCGAAGGGCGUCAACGUCUUUGCCGGCUGCUACACACAGCAGGUCCGUUUCGUUCGACCUCCGCUAAUCCGACAAACGGUCCGCUCCACUCUGAACCAUGUUUCUUCAAUUGCAAAUCGCUUGUGUCAACACCACUCCUAACAUUUGUCUGUUGGUUUUUUCAUCGCCCAGGUCUUCGGAUCAAACGAAACAUGUUCUCUUUUCUUUUUCCUCAGCAUGGAUUGAAACAAUGAGGACAUGAAGUUUCAGGGUGUCGAUGAGCUACGGAAAAAAGAGAUUUCUUCUUGGGGGAGACUUUAUCCGAUGCGCCUGGACGUGACCGACGAGGGCAGCGUGGAGGACGCCAGAAGAGCUGUCGAGAGAAUCCUCGAAGAAGAGGUUUUGAAAUCAACAUUUCGCUCUGAUAGGUUCAGAUCGGCGUUUUCUGAUUGAAACUGUGAGCCUUCUCAAACUCCAACAAAAAUGAAACCAUCUUAAGUUUUUUGCAUAUUCGAGUAGAAAAAGCUUUAGAGCUUGAAAAAUGCCUUGAAGAUAUCAUUACAAAACUAAACACUCUUGAUUCAACAAAAAUAUGAAUGCUACGGAAUCGGAAAAAAAAAGUAUAAUUUUAACGUAACUCUAAUUUUAUACUCAAGGCGGAGGGUUAACGCGACCGCGAAUCCUCUUUUCUGAAUCACCAAAAAUUCCGAACACGUAUUAUCCUACAUCGAUUCCGUAAACUUUUGUGUUUGAGAAAUAAAACUUGAUUGAAAAAAUUCUGUCUUUGCCACCUUCAAAUUUGACAUUUCUCUAUUUUUUCGCAGUUUGUUUUUUUCAAACCAGUUACAUCUAAUUUUUUCAGGGCGCCGUGCUAUCGGCUCUAGUGAACAACGCAGGGAUCUUCACAACUUUCGGACCCGACGACUGGUGCGGCACUGCGGAAUACGCAAUUUCUUUGGACGUCAACACUCUCGGCGCCAUUCGCGUUUGCCACAGCUUCGUGCCUUUGCUCAAGAAAAGCAAGGUGCGACUCAUUUUCUUUUGAAAGAGCCUUGAACUUUUCUCAUUAGCUGAUCUGAAACUCCAAAACAAAAAAUAUUCAAAAUAAGCUCCCGAGAAGGAAAAAUGAGGUUGGCUUGAAAUAAUAUCAGUUAGAAGUUUCAUACGGAAAUAUGGCUGGUAAGCCUUGAAGACGCAACUAUUUCGUUUUUACGCAUCUAUUUUAUUUUCUCUUGAUGUCGACGACGAGGGAAAAGAGACUGCAGACAAGCUAAACUGUUCGAGUAAAGAACGACCUAAGGAGUGUCGAACUUGCGCUUCAAAGCGUUUGAAACAGAAAAGCUUAUUUUUUGACCGCCACCUUGUAAUAAAUCGGAAGUUUAUGCACGGAAUGUUUCUGUAGGGUCGAAUUGUAACUAUGGGAUCAACUGCGGGACGGCUUCACGGACUCUACGUCGGACCUUACGUCACUGCCAAGUUCGCCGUCGAAGCUUAUAUGGAUUGUUUGAGGUGCUCAUUUCCAACCUAGCCUUUUUUGAAGUUUUUUUCAGAUUGGAACUGCGUCCGUUUGGGGUUUCGGUCCACAUUCUGGAGCCGGGCGCUUUCAAAACAGAGCUUCUCAGCGAAUCAGCUCAAAAGUCAAGGAUUCAAAAAGUUCUUCACAAAAAACUGGACCUGAACAGAAGAUGAUUCGAUUUUUUUUUUUCAGAUCUGGAACUCUUUGCCUUCUAACACCAAAGCCGAGUACGGAGAAAUGUACAGAGAGAACUGUGAGUCAGAUAAACCAGUACCCUGUUUCACGAAGGAUUUGCAGUCGAGGUAGCUUGGCAGAUGGGAGUCAACGUCGUGGCGAAUCCGAAUCUUUUUUGGGUCGUCGAUUCCUACAUUCACGCAAUUUUCGCCUUGUGGCCUCGUCUCAGGUUUUUUCAAUUUCCCGAGUGGAAGAAAAAGAAUUCGAAGCUGCAGGUACUCUCCUGGCUGGGACGCCAUCUUCCUGUUUGUGCCGAUCAGCGUGCUGCCGACCUCCCUCCAGGACUUGCUUCUCACUGGCCUCUACGCCUUGCAUCCUGGCCCUCGGCUCCUUCCGGCAGCUCUCGCUUGCAGGAGGUCAAGCUUUUCCUGCGCAGGACUAGUAUAUUUACAUUUACAUACAUUUAUUCAGUCUUCAGAGAAGAAUCUCUACUAAAUCAUGGGAUAAUAGAAGAGUUGUUUGUCGGAUCGCGAAACUUUCGUUGAUCAAGAACGGCGCGUAGAGCAUCUCUCCUUCUUGUGAUAGUAGUAGACGAUUUUGUUCCGACGAAGAGCUGCCUUUCUAUGUAGGAACUGUACGGCGCCCAGCUCAUCCAGGGCUGACGGGCGUCAGAUUAAGUCUCAGGCGAGAGCGGUAAAGAAGACCGACCACUCGGGAAGUAGAAAUGAGAUCGAUCAGGGCUAGAAAAAAACUCAAAUUUUUCUUUUUCUCUUUCUAAAUACGUUUUGAUUGUCGAAAGAUUGCAAUAUGUACAAGUUUUUAUAUUGAUAUUGAUUAUUGAAAAUUUCACUUUAGAAGGGAGACGAACAAGUCGCCGUGGAACUUCAUGAUGAAGACGCUGACUUAUGCGACUCACCUGGCCAUGUUUCCGAUUUUCUGCACGGCAUUCCUCAUCCGCGGAAUGUCCACUAAAACCGUCGUGGCGUCUGGAAACCACACUGUGGCUGAAAACUGA